CCGCCCACGUUGGUGUCGCAACAAAAUGGCGUCGGUGUCAUUUACAUGGAAACGCUGACGUCAUUUGCGUAUCAGUGUUUAUGUAGUUUGCGGUCAACGAAAGCUUGCUUGCUUCUUUUUUCCCUCGGUGCUCGAGCAAGGUGACUACAAAGUGUUCCCAAACUGCCGCAAACGUCUUCUUGUACGAUGCCGUCUGACAGAACCUUUAAGCAAAGGAGGACUUUCGCUGAGCGAUGCAAAGAAGUCCAACAGAUCCGCAAACAACAUCCCAACAAGAUCCCUGUGAUCAUGGAACGUUACAAGGGCGAGAAACAACUUCCUGUUCUUGAUAAGACCAAGUUUCUGGUCCCAGACCACGUCAACAUGAGCGAGCUGGUCAAGAUUAUCAGGCGUCGUCUGCAGUUGAACCCCACGCAGGCCUUCUUCCUGCUGGUCAACCAGCACAGCUUGGUUUCCGUGGCGACACCCAUCUCUGAGAUCUAUGAACAGGAGCGCGACGAGGAUGGCUUUCUUUACAUGGUGUAUGCCUCGCAGGAGACCUUCGGCCGCACUCACCACUUUUAAGCUUUUAAUUUGAAGGACCGCAGGAAGCAGCUGGCACGUUCACACAAAAGUUUGCCUGCGCUUCGAUAGCACUAGUGUAUAUUGGGUUUCCCAGAACGCAAACAACAGGUCUGCAAAUAAUCUUGAUGUGCUCCCAAUUUCCUGCUAAACAUUAAGUGGAGCACUGUGUGUCGUCUUGUAAACGGCAACGCGUUUGUUGGAUGUUCUGCUGGUUGGCGGACGAGGACAUGAACAAGAAGGCUUCAUUUUUAGGAAAUACAAUUUUUGCAGUUGUUAGAAAUCAGUUAGCUCUCAUGCUUACAUGCACAUACAAUAUUUAUCUGACACACUGGCCCACACCUGAGUGACCCUUUUUUUUCUUUUGCAUGCAGACAAGCUGGUCAAAUGUGAGUUUAGUUUGUCUUGUCAACCUAUAAGUUGACAAGCUAACAGGUCCAAACAAGUAUAUUUUGUCAGGAGCACUACAAACCUCGCAUGUCCACUGUUUUUUUAAUGUACAUUUUACUCUUACAAUUGUUGAAAAAUCUGUAAACCAAAAGGUAAAAGGCGGCUCGUGUGUUUCAAUUGUGUCAUGUUGUAUUUAAGUGUUGUAAAUAACGCCUUAGCUUGAAGCUAAUUAAAAAGUUGAGGAAAGGAUCA